UAUCUCGUUGGUUUUCCUUGAAUGAAAUCUUCUUUGAAUUUUGGACAAUCCGCAUUAGUCAAUGAUCAAAAGUGCUGUAUAUUCAUACAAGGAAAUGUUCGUAUUGAUUCACUACACAGAAACAAUUCGUCAUAAAUUGACGUGUUUCUGAAGCACAUGCAUAUAUCUCGUCGGUUUUAGUGAGCAGAGAAUGCAUUAGUGGGCGAAAUUAUUACUGAGUAACAUUAAUUAGAAGCCUACUUGUUCGGAAAUUAUAACCAUGAAGUCAUCAUAUUGCGUGUCGAUGAUGUUUCUGUUAUCAAGUUAUUUUGCCCGGUCAGAUUGCUAUAUCCUUUCAUCAUUUCACUUGGUCAACAGUGGUUCGCCAAACGAAGGUCGUGUGGAGGUGACAGUAAUAGACGAAGAUGGUGACGAAGAGUUAAGAGGUGUUGUAGUAUCUAAUGACAGGUGGACAAUCGAUGAAGCUAACUGGGUUUGUGAAGAGCUUGGAUAUCGCCAUGCAGUAUUUCUACCUGAUGAUAGCAGAUUUGAGAGAGGCCUACAAUCAAAUAUAUUCAGCAUUGACAACAGGACGUUAGUAGUUCCUGAUUGUGAUUCAGAUGGCUUGGGCAACUGUAGCGAAAUUGAAGCAGCUGGCGUUGUGUGCCAAAAACCUGGAUAUUUAGGUUGCUUCCUGAUUCGCUCUUCUGCAUUGCCAAACAUCAAUAUAUCAGAGACAAGUCAAGUAUUAACCAAUGAACAAUGUCUUGAUAUAUGUAUGGAUCUAUCGGCCCCAUUCGCUGCUCAAAGGGGUGAUACCUGCUACUGCUUGAACAACUUCUCGAUUUCAUCCAAAGAGCGUGUCUGUAACACAAGAUGCAUCGGGAAUCCAGAACAGUUUUGCGGAAGACAACAGAGGGAUUCAUAUAUUGUAUUCAAUGUAUCUGUAGGAUUCUGCCCCGAGAUCUCUGGCGCCAAUCUAAACGUGUAUGGAAGGUACCGAUUUGGUGACAUAGUGAGGGCGAAUUGUAGUGGUGGCAAACAGCUGAUGGGCGAUGAUGCCUUGCAAUGUGUUGGAGGACCUGAUAUAUUUCAAUGGAAUGGUACCAUUCCGACAUGUGUAGAUAUGAUUACGAUUCAACCAAGAAUGACAAGUGACCCUUCAACAGAUCAGACAAGAAGGACAUUGACACCUCACCUUCAUACAGAUACCACGAGCUUGAAUACUGUUACGUUUACCAUGGUCAUUGACUCUGGCUCAUCAUCUAUGAUUGUUCUGGUAGUAGCACCCGCGGUGACCGUUGUAAGCAUUGUGGUCCUGCUGGCAGCCUGUUUAACAAUAUACUUCAUCAACAAGAGAAGAAAGCAAUCUGCAAUAAAGAAAGAUGACACAAUAAGCUAUAAAGCCAAAUCAGAUGUCUUGGUUCAUAAUACGAAGAGCGCUCCAAUCAACGAAGAUCCAAGUUACUACGAAGUUGUAGAGAAUGCUGCUCCUAAAAGCAGUGAUCUCAAUGAUGGUGUUACGGUUUUGUACGAAUCGGCCGAUGAUGUCCGAACGGAGCCACAUCAAUACGAGCUCGAAUCGCCGAUUGAUACCCCUCAUCACGGACUCAUAGACAAUGUCCUUUAUAAGCCAUCAUGGAGAGAAGGAGACUCAAGUAUGAACAACUAUGAGGUCUUCGAAAUGGAAUCACAUUCCAAAGAUGGAACAUCACACGAUCAACAUGCAUCCCCUAAAUCCCAACAGAUGAAGAUUGAUCUAACAUCGAAUAAACACGAGAAUUACUUCUCAACCGAUAACAAGCUUUGCGAUGAACCAGAACGUUCAAAUAGAACUGAUAAUGGUCUUUAUAACCGUACAGAUAAAUUGAACUUACAAACAGAUUCUAUAUCUCCAAACUAUUAUGAAAUAAAAUCAGAUCCCAUCGGUAGACAUUACUCAGAAGUAAGCAGUCCUCUUGCGGACACUUGCCCGACAUAUCACGAUAUCCAGCCUCAACCUGCCAGUUCAUCCCUGAUCGAAACUCCUGGUGACCCCAGUCAUGAUGUCAGUAAGGAAGAUACAAUUUCUUCAAUACCCGAGUAUGCAACAGUCAACAAAACUGCUAGAUCGGAAAAACCAUCUGACAAAAGUUCAGAAGCUAAUGAGCAAAAUUGUACAUGGUCACGCAACGAUUCAGAAAUAGUGGGAUAGAUUUAGGUAUUCUCUUUCGGGAUAAGUAAGAACUACCACGUUCUUGCCAACGGAUAAUUAUUUGGUCAGUUUUAACAUUUCUUUGGAGGUCAUAUU